GCGUCGAGCUGCGUACUGCCAAAAAAUAGCCACAACGCUCCGCUAAAGUGCUUAAGUAAAUACUAUAUUUAACGAUUUCGAUUGCUUCGCGGUGUGGGCGUCUUCUUCUUUUUGCUCUUCACCCCUCGCGUCACGUAUCUUGCGUCUCGCUUUUACAACGCCGGCAGUUGCACUUACUGUGUCUGUGUGUGUGUAUGUGCGUGUGUGUGGUUUUUUGAAAGAAUGUGAAAUCAUAAUAAAAGUCGCGAGUUGUUGUUGCUAUACGGCGUAAUUAGCCACUAUUAACACACAUGUGUGUGUUUCCAGCUUAUUUGUGUGUGAACAAAACCAAGGAUUUUGGUUUGGCUCAAAUCAAUGCAAUCCUGAUGGCAGGAUCAAGGUAAAAUGGAAACAUUUGGGAUCUAUUGUAUGAAUGAACCAAUGUUGAAGAAGAAGCAUCAGCUGCAGCAACAACAAAAGAGAGCGACAGAGAGCGAAGGCAAACAAACGAAAAUACAACAAAAAAUACAACAGAAGUAAUUUGCAUCGGCUGUUAGUGGAGCAGCCCCGACAUCAGACCCAGCCCCAGUUCCAGCCUCGAAAACAGUAGCAGUCGCAGUCACCGUCGCAGUCUCCGCCAGAUCCGCAUCGACAUCCCCGUCCACCUUCACACCCACCUCCACAUCCACAGACACAGACAUGGUGAUAAUCAAACCCGAUGGAGCGGCGCCCAAUGGAGCGGCAGGAGGAGCGGGCGCCACAUCAGCGGCACAGGCAGCUGCUCCUGGUGGACUGGAUGACGCCGGGAACAGUCUGGCGCAUCCUUCGGGGAUACCGCAGGAUCAAAUAGAUAAUAUCUUGAGUGGCAUCGCCAACACCGGCAACAUCAAAAUGAACAAUCAUCGCAAGAAGUUGCGACAAAGAUUUGAUAUUAUUAAGAAACUAGGACAAGGCACCUACGGCAAGGUGCAGUUAGGUAUUAAUAAGGAAACCGGCCAGGAGGUGGCCAUCAAAAUCAUCAAGAAGUGCAAAAUCGAGGCCGAGGCGGAUUUAGUGCGCAUCCGGCGCGAGGUGCAGAUCAUGAGCUCAGUGCAUCAUCCCAACAUCAUCCACAUCUACGAAGUAUUCGAGAACCGUGAUAAAAUGGUACUGGUCAUGGAGUUCGCCGCUGGCGGCGAGCUCUACGACUACCUGUCCGAGCGGAAGGUUCUCACCGAGGAGGAGGCGCGCCGCAUCUUCCGCCAGGUGGCCACCGCCGUCUACUACUGUCACAAGCACAAGAUCUGCCAUCGCGAUCUCAAACUGGAGAACAUCCUGCUGGACGAGAAGGGCAAUGCCAAGAUUGCCGAUUUUGGCCUGUCGAAUGUGUUCGACGACCAGCGCUUAUUGGGCACCUUCUGUGGCUCCCCACUCUAUGCCUCGCCAGAAAUCGUGGAGGGAACCCCGUACCAGGGACCCGAGGUGGACUGCUGGUCUCUGGGCGUUCUGCUCUACACGCUGGUCUAUGGCUCCAUGCCCUUCGAUGGGUCCAACUUCAAGCGGCUGGUGAAGCAGAUCAGCCAGGGUGACUACUACGAGCCGAGGAAACCUUCGCGGGCCUCCACUCUGAUCCGGGACAUGCUGACCGUGUGUCCGAGGAAGCGGGCCAGCAUCGAGCAGAUCUGUUCGCACUGGUGGGUGAACGAGAACGACAAUGUGUCCUGCCUGGACCUGGCCGAGGAUCUGGCAAAUCAGACCCCAGUGCGACUGGAUGUCCUGCUCUCACUCACGCCAGCAACCAUUACGGCGGAUCAGCUGGUGGUUCCUUCGGCGGAGGGGGCAGCUGCUGCCAAGGCGGCGGCGAAUGAACGUGUUCCCCGCUCGCAUUCGGUGGGCUCGAUUCGGGACAUGGGACCACCGAACACGGAGGCGGAGCGCCGCAUCCUGGACAUGGUGGCCGCUGGAGGAGAAGCAGCCCUGAUGCCCUCACCCACCAGGACCAUCACUCCCGCCCAGAGUCCGGUGCAGACCAAGAGGAAACUGCAGCCCACUGUUUCCACGGAGAAUGCAGCCGGGACCACGGCCAAAAAGAAGGAGAAGCCGGCCAAUAGCUCGUUUGUGAUCAGCAAGGAGGGGGCGCCACUGACUGAGACACCACCGACCAUCAUCGAACCCCAAGCCACGCUCAUGGAGGCGGAGACGAUUGCCAAUAUACCAGAGGAAGGCCCAGCUCCCAGUUACUCCCAGAAAGACAUGCAAUUGGUGGGUGAUCUCUGCGAGCAGCUGAUGGGAGAUGGAUCCAAUAGUACAGCUGUCACCGCGGUAGCACCUCCACCUGCACCCACACCUGUUGCUCGCCAGGCCACCAGGGGCAAACUGGACGCUGUGGUGGAGACGCCCGAGGAGAAGGAUGCCACCAAGGUGAUCAAGAAGUUUGUGAACAAGCACAAGACCGCCGAUCUGGUGAAUGCCAUCAAUGAAAGUGCAUCCAAGGCUGCGGCACCUGUGGGCGCAGUGGUUCCUCCUCCCUUCGUUCGCAAGUGCAGCCUGCAGGACGAGUCCACACUAAAUAAGUUUAACGCCGAGCGUCGGAAAUCGCGCAUCCUAGAAACUGCCGAGAAGUUUCAACCCCCGCCGCAAGUGGCUGCGGCAGCUCCGGAAAAACCCAAGAAGCUUAGCAUACCUGGCGUCAGUGUGGGGAGUUUCAAGAAGGAGUUCGAAAAGAAGGCCACCAAUCCGCCGGCAGCAGAAGGACCCACGCCCGGUGAACUGAGGGCUCAGGAGCAGGUGGCAGCAGCAGCGGCUGCCGCCCAGGAAGCCGAAGCCCUGGGCACACCACCUCCGUCACCGGUGGUGGCCCAAUCCCUGGAGGCCAGCGAUUCCAAGAACUCGGUGGCCUCCAUUUCAUUGGACGAGGCCCGGCGCUCCAUGGAGAACUCCAUUGCCUUGCUGCUGCAGGCCCAAAACGAGUCAAGCAAGGAGGUGGACCAGUUGUGCGCCCAAACGGAGACCAUCGGAGUCAGUGAGCCGGCGACUCUGCAGGAGCGCGAGCGUAAGUUGAAGAACGCGCGCGCCAUCAUCGGAAAUGCCAUCCAGCCAGUGAUACGCAGGCCAACACCGUUUUAUGGCAUCGGCAGCGGCAACGGCUUUGGCAGUGGCAUGGUGGGUGGUGCUAGUGGGAUGGGUGGUGCGUCUGUUAACAAUGCACCCAAGCGAGCGCAGAGUGGCAGCAACUUUAUGGUCUAUUCGGGAGCAAUGUCGCCGGGAUCUGUGGCAACAUCGCCACCGAUUGCAGGACCUCAGACGGCACCUCCAGUGCUAAUAUCACCCAAUGCCUUGGCUGCGGCCAAGCAAACGAUACAGCAGAGGAUUUUCGGAGGGGGAUUGGCCAGUCAAAAUAACCAGGCUAUAAAUCGAAGACCAGCCACCUGGCAGCCGCAGGCUUCCUACAGCACGGCCAGCAUUUUCCAGCCGCCUCAGAGUGCGAGUAGUCCCUUCAAGAUGCUGCAGCAGCAAUAUCAGCAGCGUUGUCAGGAGGAUCAGAAGCCGAGUGCCCUGUUCACGCCGCCCCCAUCGCCGCAAUAUGCCGCCAGCCACGCCCCCGCCGCCCAAGCCAACAACAGCAGCAACCACUCCGGGAACAGCAGCAACAGCGGCAGUAGCAGCAGCAACAACAGAUACAACAGCAGCAACAUAGGCAACUGCAACACGAUGCCUAAUGUCAAAUACAAUGUCAAUUCGCGCACGAGACCAUUCAAUCAUACUCAAGCUCAAGACACACUCAAUACCAAUGCCAGUGCCAGUGCCACAUGUGCCUUGCCUGCGGCUAUGUGGCUGAAAUCCUCGCCGGGUGUCGAAGGACCUCCAACUCCCCCAGGAGCGGUCAAGACAUCGACGGCAUCGAUUACCCUGAAAUCGGCGACCCUGCCGCGUCGCAAGAUUAACGCCAAGGCGGAGGUUCAGCUGGACAUCAAGCCGCGAAUCCCGGAACAAGGAGCACCACCCCAGCCGGCUAUGCGCUUCAGCACGGAGAUGCAGCAUCCGGUGGCCGAUCUGCGCAGUGCCCCGCCCCGCGAGGGCCCCAUCCCCUACAGUCCCAUCAAGACGACGCUGCAGGCGAGGGCCACCAGUCUGGAGCCCAAGGAGCACGUCAUCACCAUCCAGCGUCCGCCCACGCAGCACGCCUACGGACGCACCAGCUCCAACACAACCACGCGUUCCGGCUCGCUGUCCCGGCAAUCGACAGUGGAAUCCGAGUCGGAUGCCACCACCACGGCCACGAACAUGUCACAGGCCACCAUCACGAGCACCUCGCAGCCCAUCAAGAAGAGUCCGCGGGAGUUUAUCAUCCCGAUUGCCGUCGAGGGAGGAGGCUUCAUCACACCCAGGGAACGCAGCGUGGAGCCAUCGGAGUCGAGCCACACCACCAGCAGUCGGUCCACGUUCACCCGCCUGCGUCCAUCGCGUCGCAUUGGCUCACUGUUAAGCGAGGCAGGCUUCGAUGAGGGCUCGCCAUUCCAGAAGAUGCGCACCACAUCAAUAAACCGGGAUGGCGUCAGCGGAGGCGCCGAGGACGAGGCCCGCUUCACCCCACACCGACUCAGGAGCUCAAGACCUGUCAAGAAAAUUAGUCAAGAGAACGAUUCACAAAGCUCCAACGAGGAGGACGAUGACGAUGAUGAUGGCUUUGAGAUACUCACGGCGGAGAGUCUGUUCUCGACACUGCUGCAGCGGGUGCGGAAACUAACGAAUCGCCUGAACGUCAACAGUGACCUGUCGGUCGGAUUCCCCAGCCAUUCUAGUCGCCUGCUCACGGACAUUUCGCGGCAGGCCCAAAGUCAGAGUCCAUUCUGGAGCCAGGGUAGUCCCUUUGCCAGUGUGCUUAGAUCUCAAGUUAGUUAUACUUAUAGCGAAACGGUCGAGAAGAAGAAAGUCCACCUGAACAGCAGCAAUAGCAGCGGACUGGGAGCUCCUUGGCGGCACAGCAUGUCCCGGGAAUUGGGCAACGACAUGGAAUCGAUGUUCUCGCGCACGGGGGCCACGCUGCCAAGAGGUCAUCAUCAAGGCAAAAAUAAGCCCAAUUCAGCUCCUGCGAAUGCGGAAAAGGGUUCCACAACGGGAUCUGCAACGACUGAUGUAAACAGAGAGGAGCCCUUGGACCUGGCCGAUCUGGAUCUUUCGAGGCUGCGACUCAGCAAGAAGGAUUUGGAGACCUUGUCGAGCAUAACGCCUGGAUUACCCAAGUGUUUCCAGGAGCAGCUGCUGGCCAAGUUGCCUCCCACUCAGGCGCGCAAGUUAUCCCGCACGCUGAGCGUUCAGACCAGUGCACCCAGUAGCUCCUCCACUCCCAAGGUUUACAAACGCAGCCAGAGCGGCGGCAGGGGCUACCAGCCGGAGCAACAGCCCCAGGAGGAGUUGCUGGAGUUCAAGCCCAAGCCAAUGACAGAUGCCCCCAAGACGACAUCGGCAAGCACAGCCAUUUACCGGCGAAGUCUAAGCCGGAGUCAGGCGCCGACUCAAACUUCUGGUCCGGAUGCUGAGAGCCGGACAGCCCAGACAAGCAAGAGUCGCAGCAGUAGUGUCUGCCGAGAUGACUAUGGCAAAUCCUCCCUCUGCAGCAGCACGUAUACCAGCGACAUCAGCGAGAAGUACAAGUACUACUCCCCCUAUCUGAGCAAGUCCAGCAAUGUGAGUCCAUCGAUAGCCUCGAAGGAGGCGGCGGAGAAGCGUUACAGUGGUGGCCUGGGCCGUCCACCGAGUGGUUGUCUUUCGCCUCCACCGCAAUUGCCACAAGUUGCCGCCACAGAAGGCACCAGCUCCCUGCGGAUUGGACGCUCGUCGCAGCGCCGAAUCUCACGGUUUCUGCGCCCCGACUUUUUCGAUGAUCCCAGAGAUCGUGAGACCCAAAGCAUGCUGAGGGAAAUACGUGAGAAAUCCAUCGAUCGGCAGGAUCAGGAUCAGGAGCUGACGCAGGACUUGAGACGUCGCAAGCACAGUUUACCCAAUGUGGAGCAAGCGGAGCCACCUCAAGAUGCAGCACCUAUCAGAUCCUCUAUGCGGCAUUCACGCAAGAAGAGCAUGGAGUUGUUUACGGAUGCCGAAUCGAAUGGACAAGUUCAGGAGCCCAUCAAGACAUCAGCCAGACAAAGAAGUGUUUCCAGAGCUCGGGAAUUGGAAGCAGAACUAGACAAACAUGAACUGGCGGACAAGAUACUCCAGGAACUGCAGCUCCUGUCUGCUGUAAGAACCCAGCACGAACAGGACCAGCAAUCUGAGAAAAUAGAAGAGACCUCCACCAUUAAAAAGGUGAAAAAAUUGAAACCUAAGGACAGCUCAGCAAAUGAGCCAGAGACAACGAAAAUUUCUGCUACGACUACCGCAACUACAACCACUUUGGUGAGAAAAGUCAAGAAGGUGACCAAGAAAACGGAUGAAGCCCCCAAGACAACUGCUUCAGAAAAUGCUGACCUGGCUAGCUCUGCUCCAAAGGAAACCAAAUUAAAGAGACCCAAAUCCUACCCAAUGAAAGAUGUCGGGUUGAGUCUGAAAUCCUCAACAGAUCUCCCAGAACCGACUGCAUCACUCCUGCCCAGCAAACUACCCAGUAAGCUGCCCUCAGGACUAGCAAAUGAAUCCUCAGGAGAAGCAGCUCCUCGAGAGAGUCGCCUGAUGAGACCCAAAAGCUAUCCGGCCACCAAGUUGGCCACACCCAAAGAGCUUCGCAAAGUUACGCGUAGUGGAGUGGCCAUACCCACAAUAACAGAAGCUAUUCCGGCACCUUCGGCAAUAGCUACACCCACCAGUUCCAAAUCCACUUCGGAGGAGAAAUCUCUUUCGGCCACGCCAACAGGAACUAUGUCCGCUGUGACGGAUGCCAAAGAUACCGGCUCCUCCUCCAGCGAUUCGCGACCCACGACCAUCAAGAAGAUCAUCAAGGUGACGAAGAAAUCCAAGCUAAUGCCACCCACACCAGUGACGCCCACCACUCCAACCACAACUGCAACCAACACGGCAAACACCACACCCGUAGAUAGCUCCAAAGAGUCCAGUCCGGUGAUCAAGGCCAAGGAGAAGUCACCGGAGAAGAAACCCAGCAAGGGCUUGCUUUACGCUUUGGGGCAGAAGUUUGAGAAACUGAGGGAUUCAGCCAUGAGCAAGGAGAAGAAAACUGGCUCAACUGGAGCAGCCGCUUCUCUGGCCUGCACCCAAAAACAGGGAUCGCCCGAAGAACGCAGCUCUCCAGAGAAAUACAAGAAGAAGGUACUGGAAAUAGAGAAAUCUCUGGAAGUUGGAGCCACAGAGGACAAACGGGUGGACAAGCGAUCCCGCUUUGACACCAUGCUGCGCUCCUUGAGGGAGAGAUCCGUACCCAGGUCACAACCCAAUGGGCGUGUUAGUCCAAAGCGAGCGGCCAGUGUGGAGGAACUGCAUGCAGGAUCCCAAGAAGGCCAGGGAAAAUCAGGUGGAGCAGUGAACAAAAUGUUCGGCGGUUUUUUGCGUCGCUUUGACAGGGAAAGCAGUGAGCAACGGCGGGUGAGGAGCACCCGAUCCACCAGCAACAUUGAGAGACAGGUGCGUGAGGAGAAGGAUCGCCAACUGGAUGCCUCUCUGCCAACAUCACCUAUCUACCAGAAUGUGGUGAAGGCCACGAAACAGCAGGCUGCUCCAACGCCAGCCACCGAAGAGAACUGCAACUGCGAAACAGCCUGUCCAGAUUGCCGGCAAAACAAAGGACAGGACCUGGCCACCACCACCAAUACCCCAGCAAGUACAUCCUCAGCAAGCAGCAAGGAGAAACGGAAGGGUCUCAUGCUGGAUCUGGCCAGCGCCAAUGGUUCUAGCAGAGGAGCACCCAGCUCGGUGACCACCGCCACCACAACCACUUCCAGUGGGAGCAGAUAUCGGGGAUCCAAAACCAAUCCGGCCUUGAUAAAUGGAAAUGGAAUGGGUCUCUACUCGAAUCUGCCUCCCUAUCCCGGAGCCAUAAAGAGUGCCAGCUCCAACAACAGCUCCAGCCAGCAGUCCAUGGAGAAUGCCACCAACAAUAACUCGACCAUCACGAAUAACAAUUGCAGCUCGCAAACCUCUGGCUACAGAACCUCAUCGGCUCACGAGAUCAACCGGAAUAAUCCGCUACUGACACCCUCCUUCGAGAACAUUGCCAACUACUCCUCGGAUUCGCGCAGCUACCAGGAUGACUGCGCCUCCACAUCGACGUUCCUCUCGCCCACCGAAGAGCCGGAGCUGUACUUUGACAAUUGGUCCAUCUGCUCCGAGGACAACUACAUGCUGCAUGCUACGCCCUCGCCCACGGUGUCCCGUUUGUCCAGAGCUUCGUUGUCUUCGCCCACCCGCUGCUCCGAGAGCUCUGAUCCCAACGAGAGCGUGAUCGACAGGAUCAAGCGACGCAGCUUCUACAGCCGCUUCAAUGAGCAAAAGAAGCCACGACGCACCAGCAGCAUAGUGGGUCCUUCGGCGGUCAGGGAUUACUAUCGGGAGCAGCAGGCGGCGGUUAAGGCGCGCUCCAGUCACAAGCUGCAUGCGCCGGACUUGGACCCACCGCCAAGAGCUCAUUCGCCGGACAUAGCCCAGCAGUUCUUCAGGCCCCUGAAACUGAGUCCCGUGGGAACGGAACUCAAGCCUCCGGUCUACCGCUCUCCCCUGGAUUACUCCGCAUCUUCGGCGGGAGCCACCAGCAAGCCGAGAAAGAGCUUGAAUGAUAUAAGGAAUACCUCGCCCUCGUUCCUCAGCAAACGAUACGAGACCUCCGAUUACAGUUCGGUGCCCAUGCGGUACAAGAGCUCCUCCAGCUCGAGUCCGAGUAAUGGUGCCAUUGCCAGUGGUUACUACAACACGUACAAUCCGAAGCGCCGGUCAUCGUAUACGCUUAAUGGUAGUCUGCCCACAGCGACCAGCGGGAGCAGUGCAGCGGGGAGCAGCCACCUGGAUGGCUAUGCCACCCUUGGUAGGAGAUCUAUUCGGCCCUAUGACCAUCGAACGAUGUCACUGCUUGAGCCACCCACCUCGAGCAGUAGCCGGAUCGGUGAGGGUUCUUCCUAUCAGAGGAGGGAGACCAGGACCCCUGUCAGAGAUUACACCUCCAGCAUAUCUCGAUCCGGAUCGCGUUAUCGCACUUCAUCGGCCACGCGCAGUCCGACAAACAUUUGAUGUACCACACCGCAGAAUGGCUUCUGCAUCUUCUGCUACUACUCCAAACGGAAGAAGGCGAGUUCCGGAAACGGACACGGCGUAGGGCACGGACAUGGCCAGGCCAUGGGCACGCCGCCCAACACCACCGCCUCCUCGUCAUCCUCGCGUGCCAGCAGUGGCGGCGCCAAGAAGCUACAGCCUGCCCCCAUCCCAAACCAGCAGUCUGGCCACCAUCAAAACGAGCAGCACAAGUUCUAGACUGGCCCCGUGGCUACAUUCGAUCCGAUCACAGAUCCCAGAUCCCCAAUAUCCAAUACCCAAUACCCAAUACCUAAUCCCACUUAGGCUUAGACAUUUUUGAUAAUUUUUUUAUGGAACUUAGCCAAAGUUAUACUCUAGUGCAGACUUUUGGACGCUGCCCAUAGUCGUAGGUUUGUUGUAGUUCGGAUAUAGCGGAGUUUCAGCCAUAGAUCGUGACUCAAUAAUGCACAUAUGCAUAUACGAUUUUCAAAUGAUUGUGCCUUGGUUCCUUCGGCGAUUUUAGAUUUAGCCAAUAGACAUAAAACGUUGUUUUUAAACUGUAAGUGUGUAAGCGGAAACGGAAACAGGAAGAAAGGGAGACAGGCGGAACGGAAGUAAAGGAGAGACGUGUUUCACAAUAUAUGUAUAUGUAUUUUCUAUGCUAUUUUUGUGGGGAUACCUCGCACCGAAAAUGCGUUAAAAUUUCUACGAAAUAAUUUUAACAACAAUUUUUUGCAUUAUACAGAACUGAUGGAUUGUUUUCGAGAUUUGAGUAGAAUUUAAUAGGGACAACUUUCGUUUGCUAGGACUAUUGAUGUUAUUGCAAAAUAAUAGAAAAUAUGCAAAUUGUGAGCGAAACGGGAAAGUGUUAGGUAAACGUAGCAACAAACAAUAAGCGAAUUUAAAAAGAAAAUUAACAAAACACGGAACAAAAAAAAAUAGAUCUAGAGUUUUGGGUAGAAUCCGAAUUCGAUGUUCAAAUUAUAAUUGGAGCGUGAGCACGAAAAGCGAUUUCUAUUAAUAAACAAAAUCCGAAUCACCAA